UCUCUUCUUCCUGCAGGGGAAUUCUGGGAGUUUUUUUUAUUCUUUCGUUUCUUGAGGAUGAAGCAACACAGUGGAACCCUCCCUUAACACUGCUCUUUCUCUUCUCUGUCUGAGGUUAGAACAUGGACCAUGGAAGAAGGUUGUGAGGGCUCUUUCUUGUCUUCCUAUUGGCCAGUGAGGCUGUGAGGUCACGGCAUGUGGAUUACUACUUAUCCCAUGAUGCUGUCUGCCAGGCCGGGUUACUUCCUGCUGCUGCUCAGCUUCCUGCUCCUCGCUGACGCAGACUCGCCACCAAAGUUCACACGGACCCCAGAGGACCAGACCGGGGUGCAGGGUGGGGUCGCCUCCUUCGUCUGUCAGGCCACUGGAGACCCUCCACCCAGCAUAGUCUGGAACAAGAAGGGCAAGAAGGUCCAGAACCAGAGGUUUGAGGUAAUUGACUACGAGGAUGGUUCUGGGUCUGUUCUGAGGAUCCAACCACUGAGGACUCCUAGAGAUGAGGCUGUCUAUGAGUGCCACGUCUCCAACCCGGCAGGAGAGAUCACUGCACUCUGCAGACUCAAUGUUUUACGGGAGGAUCAGCUCCCCUCGGGGUUCCCCACCAUAGACAUGGGUCCCCAGCUGAAGGUGGUUGAACGCUCUAGAACGGCCACCAUGCUGUGUGCUGCUAGCGGCAACCCCGACCCAGAAAUCACCUGGUUUAAAGACUUCCUCCCUGUCAACACCACCAAUAACAACGGGCGAAUCAAACAGCUCCGUUCAGAGUCCUUUGGUGGCACGCCUAUAAGAGGUGCCCUCCAGAUAGAGUUGAGUGAGGAACAGGACCAGGGGAAAUAUGAAUGUGUUGCCACCAACAGCGACGGAACCCGCUACUCCACCCCUGCUAACCUAUACGUCAGAGAGCUCAGAGAAGUGCGCAGGGUUCCCCCCAGGUUCUCCGUCCCUCCAGCAGACAGUGAGAUAACACCAGGAGGUGGUAUCAACAUCACCUGCGUGGCUGUGGGCUCCCCCAUGCCUUACGUCAAGUGGAUGUUAGGCACAGAGGACCUCACCCCGGAGGACGACAUGCCUAUCGGACGGAACGUCCUGGAGCUGGGAGACAUACGUCAGUCUAACAACUACACCUGUGUGGCCAUGUCCACUCUGGGGGUGAUAGAGGCCAUGGCACAGAUCACGGUGAAAGCCCUGCCCAAGACCCCAGGUAACCCAGUGGUAACAGAACGAACUGCCACCAGCAUCACUCUGACCUGGGACUCAGGUAACCCUGAACCUGUGUCCUACUACAUCAUACAGCACCGUCCUAAAGGUUCAGAAGACAUCUAUAAGGAGAUAGACAGUAUAACGACUACACGCUACAGUGUAGGUGGUCUCAGCCCGUACUCUCACUAUGACUUCCGGGUGGCGGCGGUCAACACCAUUGGUAGAGGUCCAGCCAGCGACUCUGUAGAGGCCAGAACAGCAGAACAGGCUCCGUCGUCACCACCACGACAGGUCAGAGGUCGUAUGCUGAGUACCACCACAGCUAUAAUCCACUGGGAUGGACCUGAGGAGGCUAACGGGCAGGUGGUGGGAUACAGAGUCUACUAUACAGACGACAACACACUGCAAGUCAACCAGUGGGAGAAGCUGAUGGUUCGUGGUGUGAACUUCAUCACCAUCCACAGUCUGACCCCUAAUAAGACCUAUUACAUCAGAGUCCUGGCCUUUACCUCUGUAGGAGACGGACCUCUCUCCCAGGACCUGCAGAUCAUAGCCAAGACUGGAGUUCCGUCCCAGCCAUCAGACUUCAAAGGAGAGGCCAAGUCAGAGACCAGUGUAUUACUGUCAUGGGUAGCUCCUCCACAGAGUGGGCCUGAAAACCUGAUCACUGGAUAUGAACUGGUAUACAGGAGGUCUGGUGACAACGAAGAGAAGAAGCUGAAUUUUGACCCCGCCUCCUCCUACCUUAUAAAGAAUUUGAAGCCAUUCUCCUCCUACACCUUCCAGCUGGCAGCACGUAGCAAGCACGGCAUCGGAGCGUAUACCAACGAGGUUACCACAGAUACACCACAGACACAACCCUCGGCCCCUCCGCAGGAAGUCACAUGCUCCAGCCCCAACUCCACCAGCAUCCUGGUAAGUUGGGCUCCGCCCCUGGCGGAAUUCCAGAACGGAAUCAUAACGGGAUAUUCCAUCCAGUAUUCUGUCACGGAACGGGACAACAGGACUUCCCAGCAAGUCAGCCGAAUUCCACCGGGAAGCUCUCCGUACCUUCUGGAAAACCUGGAGAAAUGGACCGAGUAUGGAAUCACGGUCAGAGCCCUGACGGAAGCCGGAGAAGGACCAGAGAGUCUACAACUACUAGUACGCACCGAAGAAGAUGUUCCCAGUGGUCCUCCGCGCGACGUGGCGUCGGAGGCGGUGAACUCGUCAGCAGUCAGGGUGGUGUGGCGGGCACCGGCCGUGGAGCGGCAACAUGGUCAGGUCAGAGGUUACCAGGUCCACUACAUGAAGAUGAACUAUGGAGAACCCGCUGGACCCAACCUCAUCAAGGAUAUACUCCUAGACGACUCACAGUGGGAAUACAAUGAAUCUGCAGAAUAUGAGUUGGUUCUAGGGGAACUCCAGGCUGAUACUGCCUACUCUGUGUCUGUGGGGGCAUACACCGCCAAGGGAGACGGGGCACGGAGCAAACCCCAAACUCUCUGCACUACCCUCCCACUCCCAGAACCCCCCAGGCUCUCAGUAAGUCCCACCCCCGUGGGCACGGCCCAGCUCCAGUGGCUGCCUCCACCCAGCCCCGCUACCCCUCUCCUGGGGUACCGUCUAACCUUCGGACGCCUGGAUGUCCUCCCCUUCACCGUGGUAGAAUUCCCCAGCAAGGAAAAGUCCUACACUGCUCAGGAUAUCCACAAGGGGGCGUCGUACGUGUUCCGACUCUCCGCCCGGAAUAAGAUAGGAUAUGGAGAGGAGGCAGCGAUCGAGGUGACCACUCCGGAAGACGUUCCCGGAGGACACCCAGAAAAUAUCCUGUCUGAAGGCGCCUCGGCGUCUUCCAUACGGCUCGCUUGGAAGUCUGUCCCGCUGAUCGAACAAAACGGGAAGAUUGUGAAGUACUCGGUGCAGUACCGGGAUGUUAACGGUAGAGGUGGGAACGCUACCGGGGAGGUGGUGGUGACGGUACCGGAAUCUAGCGUGGCGUUGGAAGGGCUGAGCGCUGACACGGUGUAUGACGUCAGAGUGCGUGCGUUCACAGCGGUAGGGGCGGGGCCGUAUAGUCCCGGUGUCCAGUUUAGGACGCGACCACUGGAUGUGGAAGUGUUUGCUACUAACUUCAGAGUGAAGGCUGCCAUGAAGAACUCAGUCCUGCUGACCUGGGAGAUACGAGACAAAACACCCUCCCAGCCUUUUACGAUCCUGUAUGGUAAGGGUCAGAGUGUAGAGGUGGAUGGUAAACAGAACCAGAAGCUGAUAACAGGUCUGCAGCCGGAAACGCAGUACUCCUUCCUGUUGACUAACCGUGGCAACAGUGCCGGAGGUCUACAGCACCGCGUAACCGUGACGACCGCCCCGGACGUGCUGCGUUCCAAACCCACGCUGGUGGGGAAGACCAACGCAGACGGGAUGGUGACGGUUCAACUACCGCCCGUACAGACCACCACUACCGUCAGGGGCUACUAUGUGGUGGUGGUUCCUCUGAAGAAACAGAGAGGAGGGAAGUUCAUGAAGCCUGGUGACAACCCUGAUCAGAUGAACCUAGAUGAGCUCCUGAAAGAUAUCAACAGGACCAGUGUGAGCCAGGCGCUGCGUGUCCGUCGCCAGGUCCCGGCCAGCCAAUCCGAUCCCAGGGCCUAUGUUUCCGCCCACUUUAAGAUCCUCCCCCAGGAGUUCACCCUCGGUGAUGGGAGGAGCUAUGGAGAGUUCCGGAACCGCCCCCUGCAAAACGGACAGGAAUAUGUGUUCUUCGUGCUGGCGCUGCUAGACCUGUCUAAUAAUACAAUGUAUUCAACCAGCCCUUACUCUGACCCCGUGACCUCCAAUGACGUGGACCCUCAGCCAAUCGUAGAUGAGGAGGAGGGGCUUCUGUGGGUGGUGGGGCCGGUAAUGGCUGUCAUCUUCAUUGUCUGCAUCGUCAUCGCCAUCCUACUCUUCAAGAGUAAACCAGACAGGAAAAGAGCUGAGGCAGAGGGAAGGAAGGCUAGUUUCCCCUGCAGCAAGGCCAUGUCCUCUCACCAUCCUACAGAUCCUGUGGAGCUACGCAGAAUCAACUUCCAGACCCCAGGAAGUUACCGUGUAUCAGCUUUCCGCGGCUACAGACGAUUGUCAAGCAUGGCUAGUCACCCACCUGUCCCCAUCUCUGAGCUCGCUGAUCAUCUAGAACGCCUGAAAGCCAACGACAACCUGAAGUUCUCUCAGGAGUAUGAGUCCGUUGACCCCGGACAGCAGUUCACCUGGGAGCAGUCUAACCUGGAGGUCAACAAGCCAAAGAACCGCUAUGCUAACGUCAUUGCCUACGACCACUCCAGGGUUCUACUGUCCAGCAUCGAGGGUAUCCCAGGCAGCGACUACAUCAAUGCCAACUACAUUGAUGGCUACCGUCGUCAAAACGCCUACAUCGCGACGCAGGGCUCUCUCCCCGAGACCUUCUGUGACUUCUGGAGACUGGUUUGGGAACAGCACACGGCCAACAUCGUCAUGAUGACCAAGCUAGAGGAGAAGUCUCGGGUAAAAUGUGAUCAGUACUGGCCUACCAGAGGAACAGAGACAUAUGGGCUGAUACAGGUUACUCUGCUGGACACUGUAGAGCUGGCUACAUACUCUGUUAGGACCUUCGCUCUCUACAAGAGUGGCUCCAAUGAGAAGCGUGAGAUUCGUCAGUUCCAGUUUACAGCCUGGCCGGACCACGGGGUCCCCGAACACCCCACCCCCUUCCUGGCCUUCCUACGACGAGUCAAGGCCUGCAACCCUCCAGACGCAGGACCCAUGGUCGUACACUGCAGUGCUGGAGUGGGCCGGACUGGUUGUUUCAUCGUGAUUGACGCCAUGGUGGAGCGAAUCAAACACGAGAAGACAGUUGACAUCUACGGUCACGUGACCCUCAUGAGGUCCCAGCGGAACUACAUGGUGCAGACGGAGGAUCAGUACGCCUUUAUCCACGACGCGCUGCUGGAGGCCGUCGCCUGCGGCAACACCGAGGUUCCGGCGCGGAACCUUCACGCCUACAUCCAGAGACUGACCCAGAUAGAACCGGCGGAGAACGUCACGGGCACGGAACUGGAGUUCAAGCGGUUGGCCAGUGCGAAGGCCCACACCUCCAGGUUUGUCAGUGCCAACCUGCCGUGUAACAAGUUCAAGAACCGUCUGGUGAACAUCAUGCCCUACGAGACCACCAGGGUCUGUCUGCAGCCAAUCAGAGGAGUGGAGGGGUCAGACUACAUCAACGCCAGCUUCAUAGACGGAUACAGGCAGCAGAGGGCUUAUAUAGCCACCCAGGGCCCGCUGGCUGAGACUACUGAGGACUACUGGAGAAUGUUGUGGGAACACAACUCUACCAUAGUGGUCAUGUUGACUAAACUGAGGGAGAUGGGACGGGAGAAGUGCCAUCAGUACUGGCCAGCAGAGCGUUCUGCCAGGUACCAGUACUUUGUGGUGGACCCCAUGGCUGAGUACAACAUGCCCCAGUACAUCCUACGAGAGUUCAAAGUCACCGAUGCCAGGGACGGCCAGUCUCGGACGGUUCGUCAGUUCCAGUUCACUGAUUGGCCGGAGCAAGGAGUGCCAAAGUCGGGGGAGGGGUUCAUUGAUUUCAUUGGCCAGGUGCACAAAACUAAAGAGCAGUUUGGCCAGGACGGACCAAUCACGGUGCACUGUAGUGCUGGUGUGGGGAGGACAGGGGUCUUCAUCACUCUGAGUAUUGUUCUGGAGAGGAUGAGAUAUGAAGGAGUAGUGGACAUCUUCCAGACUGUCAAGAUGCUGCGAACACAGAGACCUGCUACGGUUCAAACUGAGGACCAGUACCAGUUCUGUUACCGGGCCGGUCUGGAGUAUCUGGGUAGCUUCGACCACUAUGCAACAUAAUCCCUCCCUCUGGCCUGAGUCCCAAACAACACCCUAACUCCCUGUGGCGUGCACUACUUUAGACCACAGUGUAUUCUCACUUCUUUGGCCCAGUGUUUACACUCAAAAGUAGUGCACUACUGAUUAGCCUCACAGGGAAUAGGGGCCAUUUGAGAUUAGGCCUCCACCACCUCCAGAGGGCAGGGCACCCAUGGCGCCACUCCUCCCCCAAAACGAGCACCUAAACUGAGCCAUAUUUGCGUGUCUGACCGGGAGAUACCUCCAGACCCCAACCCAAACCCACUCACUACUCAGUCAGAAGUGCACUACUUUGUGCAUUAUAUAGGGAAUAAGGCACCAUUUUGGACGCGAACUGGCACUACUUAACAAUGGAUUGAGGAUUCAAUGGAUUGA